GACCACUUCAACAGCUUAGCUGAGGAAGCUGGCCUAGAUUGCUGGAACUUUCGCAGGAACAGGGUGACUCAGUGUUACGAUGCACGACUGCUGAUACCGCUCAUCCUCACCCGAACGCGGAAUGUUCAAGAAGCCUCGUUGGACUUACAAGAGGACUUCGCGUACCUUAGCUAUCUGCUGCACGCGGCAGUGAGUCCCCGGAAUCAAAGUCCUUCAAAGCCUUCCAGCAUCUCCGCAAGCUUCGACUUGUCAGCCAUCGAGGUGACUUUUAUCCUUCAGUAGCCCUCUUCUGGGUGAAGGACGUCGGGCACGUCUUCUAUCUUCCAGCGCUAGAAGAUCUGACUAUUGAUGGCAUCGGGGCUUUUAUGGCCGGUCGCCUUUUGUGUAACGGGAAGGGUCAGUCUCCCAUACGGGAACUGAGCAUUACGAUAGGCAUGUGGCCAGAAACCACGGUGACAAGAUGGGACAUUGCAACUAUCCUGCAGCAGCCGAGAAUACUAAAGCCGUUGAGUUUUACUUCAGCCAGAUCCGUAUGCCACACGAGGAUUUCGUCGAUGGCCUCUGGAAUGGUCUCCUCCACCACCGGGACACGCUGGAAAGCCUGGUGAUUGAGACGGGUUUUCCGGAGUGGACCGAUUGGCUUUCGUCUGAGAAACCGGAGGCGUACCAUCCAUGUGCCCCUCUGGGAGAAUUUCCAGGCCAAAAAGAGCUUGCAUUUAGCGAGGAUUGUCUCCAUUGCGAAACUCCUUGCUGGCAUGAAGACACCGGGACGUGGACGACCGCAGCAUUUCCUCCUAACCUGGAAACCUUGACGAUCAUGGACUGUUUCCGUGCGGAUGAAGAAGAAUUGGACUUUGAUAGCGUGCUGGGCCGGUUCGUCGAUGAAGGGCAGGAUGCCUCAAACAGAUUGAGGUCUCAACCAGGAGAUCUUACGAAGCCUUCGACUUCAACCAGACCGAAUCAGCUUGUUUGGACAAAGGGGUUCGAUUCGAACAGCGGAAUUACGGACCUGGUGGCUCUCGGGUUUCGAAAGUCAGCGAUCCCACGUCUCUUGUCGCCGAUACUCAACAGUCACAGCUCCCAGUGGAGGCAUAGAUCGAGACGGUUUUAACAAGUACAUCUAAACUAAUGCGACCUGACAAAUGACCCACGGAGGCCGUGCGACCGACGCAAAUUGGCGACUAUAAUGAAAUAAAGUACAAAUGCGAUGAUCAUGCGCCCAGCGUCACGUCAUCGUUGAAUGGAAGCCCAAGGAGGCAACGAUAAAGGUAGAUAAGAACACACGUAUAUAUACGAAU